CAGUUUUCACAAUCAUUGAUCUCUCAAGCCGUAGAUUCCAUGGACAGAUUCCUGAAGAGCUGGUUGGACUCAGUUCACUUCUAGUACUUAACUUCCCUUGCAACAGUAUCACAGGAACUUUUGAUUCACACUCUACAAGGGAAGUAGUUCGAUACUUUUUCUAAAGAUUGCUACAUUGGAAACUUAGGAUUGUGUGGAAUUCCAUUGACAAUGAAAUGCAAGGUGACAAAGAACCAGAAUCACCUUCUUCCAAUUUGAUGAAGAAUGUUGGAGUUGUGGUGUUCAAGCUGCCAAGUAGCAGCUAGUGAAAAUGAAAGGCUGCACAAAAUGGCAGCAAAUGAAGAAGGGAGAGCUGCACCAAAGCACGGUAGCAGCAAAGUGCAGCAAGCUAUGCUGCAAAUGUUGAUGAAAUGAGGCUGAAAUGAAAUGGAAAUAUAAAUGCAGCUAAAAUGAAAGGCUGCAGAGUGGCUGCAGAGCUGCCAAAGUACGCAAGGCUGCAGCAAAAUUAGCUGUUACUCAUUUCAAAUUUUAAAUGUAUUUUUAUUGUUUUUUAAUGUAGAAAAUUGUUUAAAGAUUGUAUUCUCCUAUAAAUAGGAGAGAUUGUUAAUGAGAAAAGUUGAGUUGAAGUCAUAUACUUCUCUCCAUUUCAGCUUGUGCUCUGUUUUUCAUCUUCCUCUCGGUUCUCUCCAUUUCUUUGUUUUAAAAAACCAACAAAGAAGAAGAUGAAUCUGCAGCAUUAUUUGAUUGGAAAUUUGCAUUGAUGGGUUCUGGUUGUGGACUGCUGUUGGGACUAUGUCUUGGAUACAUUGUGUUCACAACAGGAAAACCAUUGUGGCCAGUGUAAAAGGUAGAGGUAUGUCAACAGAAGUUUGUGGGAUGGUACAACCGCAGAAAUAAAGAGAAAAAACCAGCAACCUGGCCGAUGCUCUUAGCGAUGCUCGAAAUAAGCUACAGGCAGCUGCACUUCUUUUCUUCCACUUAUAAGAUCUACCCAAAAAAAAAUAAAAAAUUGCAAGCAUGAGCAAACAGAGCAUUGUUUGUUGUUCGUGAGUCCGUUCUGCAUUGUUUCAUGAGUUUCUUUCCUGAAAUCCUAUGGUUGUUUUUUCUUUUCCCUACUUUUUCUUGUUCAAUGUUGAAAGAGCAGCAUCCUGAAUGGGGAUCAUUGUUGUGUUAUAUUAAUAUGAAUUUAAGACUAUUGGUUUCUUUUAAUAAAUGAAGUCUAUUUAU